AAAAUCCUUGUGCCUGCGCUGCCGCGGCGCUGCCGAGUGCGUGCCACCAUGGCUGCAACCAAGGUUGCGGAGGAGGCCGAGAUGCGGGAACGGCUGCUUUCGCCGGCAGAGUCCUCUGACGGCCUGCGGAAGCGCAAAGAUGCCAAGGUCGCUUCCGCUGAGGAUGCCGAGCGUUCCGAGGUCCUGGCACUACAGGCUGCGCGAGACAAGAUGCAGGAAGAGCUGCAUCGAAUGCAGUAUGUUGGUGAAAGCCUCGAAGGAUCCAGCAGCACGAUCGGCAGGACACAGACCGCCAUGCAGGAGUAUGACAGCAAGCUUGCAAGUGCAGCCAAAGCAUUGGGUCAGCUCAAGCGGCGCAUGGAAGAAGACUCGCGCUACAUUUGGUGGUCCUUCUACUUUUUUCUCGCUGUGGUUGCAUACAUCGUCUUGCGCCGAUUGAAAGUCUUCAAGAUGAUGCACUACGGCGCAUCCUGGACAGCUUGGUUGGGCGCCUGGCCGUGA